AUGGAGAAGAAGAUAGAUGUAGGUUUAGAGGCGCCUUCUCAAGUCCCCGCAGACUCAGCACAAGGGGAAAUUAUUCUCUCAGAGGGUGGCAUCGUACUGCAUCCGCAUCCUGUACAGGAUGAUGCCUUGGAUCCUCUGAAUUGGUCAAGCUUCCAGAAGCACACUUUGCUCGCAAUAGUCAUGGCACUAUACUUCAUGUUCACAUAUGUCACCACCACGACGGUUCCCUCGUUUCCACAACUGCAAGAGCAAUACAACCUCACAGCCGAAGAGGUUAAUUGGACUGUUGCAAUACCAGCUCUUGGCCUCGCUCUUGGCCCCUUAUUCUGGUCCUCGUUCGCAGACAUCAUAGGUCGACGCAUUGUCUUCAUCACCGGUACCGUUGUCGCACUGGCUGCCAGCAUCGGAGCUGCGAUGGCCCCUACCUAUGGAGGAUAUAUGGCGGCUCGAUUCUUCCAGGGAUUCGGCGUCAGUCCAGCAGCAACUGUUGGCCUGGCAAUUCUCAAUGACGUUUUCUUCGAACAUCAGCGUGGUCAAAAGAUGGGGCUGUGGGUGCUUGCUAUCGAUCUCGGUCUACUUGUCGGUCCUUUAAUCGGAGGCUUCAUCGGCCUUGUAAGCCACACCUGGAUCCAGUGGCUUUGUGUGAUUUUAUUUGGUGCAAUUCUGGUCGCAGAGAUUGCCUUUCUUCCGGAGACGCUCUACCCUCGCAACUUUAUGCUCGCACAAGAGUACCCCGGAGCUGUUAUCGAGACAAAUGAUGGUGAGAAGGGGGGGAUUGUCGGUGACGUGGAUAACAUGGCAAGAAAAGAUGCGGACAUGAGGACAAAGAAGCUUGCCUUUCUUAAUAUUAAGCCUGUGCCAGCCUUGAAGCAUCCUAAGCCAUGGGACUCGCUCCUCAGGUUCUUGAUGAUGUUCAAGUUUUUGGCGGUCACUAUCACGACGAUGGUCUUCUGUUAUGGUUGGUACUGGUUCAUCCUUGCCGUCACGACCAUGUUCCCGGUUGCGUACGCGCAGUACUCGCCACAGACACAAGGGCUACUGUUCCUCGGUCUUAUCAUCGGAAGCUUAGUCUCGGAACUGUUCUUCUCUGGAGCGCUCAGCGAUCGAAUUGUGUUGAAGGCUGCGAAAGCCAACAAUGGUAUCCGGUCCGCCGAAAGUAGGCUCUGGCUGGCAUAUCCUGCUAUUCUGCUUACAAGUGUUGGUCUUAUCAUAUGGGGUGUCAGCGUAGAGCGUAACUACCACUGGAUGGUCGGUCAAGUGGGCACCGCGUUAUUUGGCGCUGGCGUACAAAUGGGGAACACCGUGACAACGUCCUACAUUGUUGACUGUUACCCCUUGCAAGCAAUGUCUAUCGUCACGUUCUAUUCUGUGCAUCUCAACCUGAGUGCGUUCAUAAGUCCGUUCUUCAUUGUACCAUGGGUAGACAAGGCUGGGUUUGCCUGGACUUUUGCCGGGCAGGGGAUCAUCGUGUUCUUCUUUUGUCUUCCAGCAUUUGCGUUGAUCCACGUCUUCGGAGCACAUAUUAGGAAGGGCAGCGGGUUACCAACCUGGGUGGACCCGGAGCACGAUACUUGA